UAACCUAAAGGUUGUUUGUCCUUCGGUCGAUAAAGUUAUCGCAUAUAGCUGGUAGUAGGUAUCUACCAACUUAGUAUCGAGCCGACUGAAUAUAACAUAGGAACUAGUAUCGUCAAAUAGUAGUAUAGGUUUAUAAAACACCCGAUAUUCUGCAUCUAGAAUUUUAGUGUUGUAAAGUUAUAUUGAUAUUAUCGUAUCUUACGUACCUAGUGUUAUCUUAUGAAGUUAAAUAUUAAUUAAUCCAAUAAAAAUAUUGUUGAGUUUUUCACAUAUAUUGUCAUAUUAUUUUUAUAUAAUACGUAUAAUAUUAUGUUAUAAAAUGUACGCUAUAAUUUGAUUUUGAUAUAACUUAUUUAUAAAAAUGUAUUGUUUAUAUUUUUUUGAAAUAUUAUGCAUUUGAUUUAAGCUUACUAUUGACAAUGAAGGUGAUGAUUUCCUGGUUAAUAUAUUCAUGUUUAAUUUUCGAAUCCGGUAUUUUGUGUGACAGAAAACUCGAAAGACGGCAAGCUGUAUCAUCUUGCUCAAUAUACACUGAGGAUAAGUUUUAUUGUUCAAAUGGACUAUGUAUUGAAUGGUCGUUAGUUUGUGAUGGUAUUAAGGAUUGUACAGAUGGUUUGGACGAGACUAAAGAGUUGUGUGCUCGAUACGAGUAUGGAACAAAUAUAACAAUGGAUUGCGGUAGAGUAAAUAUAAAAAACCAAGAAGGAGAUAUGAAUAAAACAGCGGUUGAAACGUUACCUUGGAAUGUUCAAGUAUAUAAAUUUAAUAAAAUUAACUUUAUUUAUUACCGUAUCUGUGAUGGUUCAAUUAUUGCUCCAAAUGUAGUCAUUUCUGGGGGUGGAUGUUUUGGAUUUCACGGUCGAGUGGCCAAUAAAAUAUCAGUAAGAAUUGGUGAAUUCAAAGUGGCCGUUGGAAAAUAUGAUAAAAAUAUUUCGAAAAUUGGCACUGAAUUUUCUCAAAUAAUGAAUGUGGAAACAAUUUACCUGAAGGAAGAUGAUAUUGAACGUGAUGAUGAUCUUAUAGCUGUUAUUGUGUUAGAAAACAAAUUUUCGUUUAGCAAUGAUAUUUCACCUAUUUGUAUCGAUUGGAAUAGUAUAUAUAAUAUACAGACUGGAGAUCUAGGAAAAAUUGUUAUUUGGGGAGAAAAUGAAGUAAAUGCCACUCAGAGUCCUUUUGUAUUAGAAAGAUCAUUUCCAUACAUCGACAAUGGUACUUGUCAAAAUUUCCAACGUAAAAAAGGAAUUUCAGAAUAUGAAACUUAUGAUCUGCUUUGUGUUGGUUGUGAUUGCGGACUAAACCUAGAUAUUACCAUCGGUGGAGCAGGCAUAUUUUUUUUACACUCUAAUUCUUAUUUUUUGACCGGGGUUAUGAUUUCACGUUUUAAUGAAAUAAACGAUACAGUCUUAGGAUUUAUAGACAUGAAAUACCAUGUUCAAUGGAUUCGUGGAAUUUUAAACGAACAUGUCACAGUGAAUUCAUGCGUUUUACCAACUGUCGAAGGAGUUCUAUAUUCUUAUGAAGGUUCUAAUGAAAUUUUAUCUCAUGGGACAUUAAUUAAUCAUCACCGUACUAUUAUUGAGAAGUGUGAACUUGGAUAUCAUAUGGCUUAUCCUAUAGGUAUUAGAUUUUGUCAGGGAAAAGGAAAAUGGCUGUCGAAUACUGAGAAAUUGUGUUUCAAAAUGUGUCCACCUCUAAUAUCAGAUAGUUUAGAUAUUAAAUGUAGUCAUAAUGGUAAGUAUGCUAAUUGCUCAAAUUUAUCGAUACCCGAUACAAUAGCAACAGCAUCAUGCAAGCCAACAUUUACUGCACCGAAUGGACAAGAGAUUACACUUGAAUUGCUUUGUCAGUCUAAUGGACUGUGGAAUAAACAACUGUAUAGAUGCCAUCCAUAUUGCGGUAGAGUGUAUGUCAAAAACCACGCAUUGAUCGACAAUGGUGAUAAAGCACUUGUUGGAACGGCACCAUGGAAUGUUGGAAUAUAUCAAUUAAAUAAAACAGAUUAUAAUUAUGACAUGAUAUGUGGAGGAUCAAUUAUUUCUCAAAAUUUAAUCAUUUCUGCGGCUCAUUGUUUUUGGCAAAAUGCUAUGUUAUCUAAGAAUAUAUCAGUAACGGAUGGUCUAUACAAAAUUGCUGUUGGGAAAUAUGAUAGAAAUUUUACAAUAAUUGACAGUGAAUUUACUCAAAUAAAAAAUGUGGAAAUGAUUCACCUGAAAGAAGGUUACUAUGGAUCUUCUGGGUUUCAUGCUGAAGAUAUAGCUAUUAUUGUGUUAUAAGACAGAGUUUCUUUUAGUAAUGGUUUUUCACCUAUUUGUAUCGAUUGGAAUGGUAACUACAAUGUAGUCAAUGGAGAUCAAGGAAAGGUUGGUUCGUAGUUGUAUGUUACAAUACGUAACUAAAAAAUGUAGGCAUGUGGAUACCGCUCUGCUGUACAGUAGAUUGUUGGUUGGGGAAAAACGGAAAAAGGCAUUUCAAGUCCUAUUUUAUUAGAAGCAUCUUUACCAUACAUCGACCAUAGUACUUGU